UCCUGUUAAAGAAGGGUUGUGUGUAGCAAGCAGCUAGGAGGGUAGCUAGCGACAAGGCUCGCCUGUGAGCCCAGGCCAUGCAGCGCUCCCUCCGGCUGCUGACCGUCAGCACGGCUGCCGCAAAUACCUUUGCCUUACGGGAUUAAAAUGUCGUCUGUGGCAAGCAUUUUGGAGAGUGCUGUAAACUCGGGCCAGCCGGGUCGUGUGUGAGGUGGUUUUAAUAAUUUAGCCCCCAUUCAUGUGCUGCGCUUGGUUUAGCAGUCAUGGAUGACAAGGCCUCGGUUGGGAAAAUUAGCGUGUCGUCCGACUCGGUUUCCACCCUCAACAGUGAGGACUUUGUGCUGGUAUCCCGCCAGGGGGACGAGACGCCUUCCACUAAUAACGGUAGCGAUGACGAAAAGACAGGACUGAAGGUAAUUUCUGAGGAAGGUGUCAGCUUGAAGAUCGUCGGCAACGGUAGUGAGCAGCAGCUCCGGCGGGAGCUGGAAGAUGUUCUGAUGGAUCCAUCCAUGGCCGAGCAGGCAGCCGGCAGUGGGGAGCAGGUAGGGGGCGCCAUGUCUGCCUCCCCAGGAGCCCAGCCCAAGCUGGAGAUGGUGCUGCCUGUCCAGUCCGCCAAGGAAGGCGAGUUUAUGUAUGAAGAGGUCGUCCUGUCUGUGAGGUCCCCUGGCGACUCGUCGGAGCCCAGCCCCAGCACGCCAGUGCCAGACGAGGACAGCGUUGUGUUCAGCAAGCUGACGUACCUGGGUUGCGCAUCCGUCAACGCCCCCCGCAGUGAGCUGGAGGCACUGCGCAUGAUCAGCAUCCUGAGGGGCCAGUGCCAGAUGCCCCUGGACGUCACGCUGUCCGUUCCUGGUGUCUCCGAGGGCACCGUCAGGUUGCUGGAUCCCCAGACGAGCACGGAAAUAGCUAACUAUCCCAUCCACAAGAUCCUGUUCUGUGUGCGCGGCCACGAUGGCACCCCAGAGAGCGACUGCUUCGCCUUCACCGAGAGCCAUUACAACACCGAGAUCUUCCGCAUCCACGUCUUCCGCUGCGAGAUCCAGGAGGCGGUUAGUCGGAUCCUGUACAGCUUCGCCAGUGCUUUCAGGAGGUCGGCCAGCAAGCCCCUGCAGGCGGCGCAGGCCCCGCCCCUGACGCCUGACAGCGACGUCUUCACCUUCACCGUCUGCCUUGAGAUCAAGGAGGAUGAUGGGAAAGGCUCUUACAGCGCUGUGUCGAAAGACAAAGACAAGCAGUGCUUUAAGCUGCGGCCCGGGAUGGAGAAGAAGAUAGUGAUCUACGUGCAGCAGACCUCCAACAAAGAGCUGUCGAUAGAGAGGUGCUUUGGUCUCUUGCUGAGUCCAGGCAAAGAUGUGAGGAACAGUGACAUGCACCUGCUGGACCUGGAGUCAAUGGGGAAAAGCUCAGAUGGCAAGUCUUACAUCAUCACAGGGAGCUGGAAUCCCAACACCCCUCAGUUCCAGUCCGUCAACGAGGAGACCCCCAAAGAUAAGUUCAUGUAUAUGACCACGGCUGUGGACCUGGUCAUCACGGAGGUGGAGGAGCCCGUGAGGUUCCUGCUAGAGACACGGGUGCGAGUCUGUUCCCCCAACGAGAGGCUCUUCUGGCCUUUCAGUAAGCGGAGCUACACCGAGACCUUCUACCUGAAACUCAAGCAGAUGGAGAGGAAGGACAGGAAGAGCAACACGGACACGCUGUACGAGGUGGUGAGCCUGGAGAGCGAGUCUGAGCGGGAGAAGAGGAAGACCACAGCCAGCCCCAGCAUCCUGCCGUCAGCGUCACAGGGCCCCAUGGUGCCUUCACCCCCCGAGGACGAGGAGGAGGAAGACAAUGAUGAGCCCCUGCUAAGCGGGUCAGGGGACGUGUCCAAGGAGUGUGCCGAGAAGAUCCUGGAGACCUGGGGCGAGCUGCUGUCCAAGUGGCACAUGAACCUGUCGGUUCGGCCGAAGCAGCUGCCCGCGCUCGUCCGCAGCGGAAUCCCGGAAGCUCUUCGGGGAGAGGUCUGGCAGCUUCUGGCUGGUUGCCAUAACAACGACCACCAGGUGGAGGAAUACCGCACGCUCAUCACAAAGGAAUCCCCGCAGGAUAGCGCCAUCACCAGGGACAUCAACCGCACGUUCCCCGCGCACGACUACUUCAAAGACACGGGAGGCGACGGCCAGGACUCCCUCUACAAGAUCUGCAAGGCGUACUCCGUGUACGAUGAGGAGAUCGGCUACUGCCAGGGACAGUCCUUCCUCGCCGCCGUGCUGCUGCUACACAUGCCGGAGGAACAAGCCUUCAGCGUGCUGGUGAAGAUCAUGUUUGACUACGGACUCAGGGAGCUCUUCAAGCAGAACUUCGAAGACCUUCACUGCAAGUUUUUCCAGUUGGAGCGACUCAUGCAGGAAUACAUCCCAGACCUGUACAGUCACUUCCUGAACGUCAGCCUGGAGGCCCACAUGUAUGCCUCUCAAUGGUUCCUCACACUCUUCACUGCCAAGUUCCCCCUCUACAUGGUCUUCCACAUUAUCGACCUUCUGCUCUGUGAGGGCAUCAGCGUCAUCUUCAAUGUUGCUCUGGCGCUCCUGAAGACCUCAAAGGAUGACCUCCUCCAGACGGACUUCGAGGGGGCGCUGAAGUUCUUUCGGGUCCCCGUCCCAAAGCGGUACCGGUCUGAAGAGAACGCCAAGAAGCUGAUGGAGCUGGCCUGCAGCAUGAAGAUUAGCCAGAAGAAGCUGAAGAAGUUUGAGAAGGAGUACUAUGCCAUGCGGGAGCAGCAGGCCCAGCAGGAGGCGCCCAUCGAGAGAUACGAGAGGGAGAACCGGCGACUCCAGGAGGCCAACAUGCGACUGGAGCAGGAGAACGACGACCUGGCCCACGAGCUGGUCAGCAGCAAGAUUGCCCUCCGCAAGGACCUGGACAAUGCGGAGGAGAAGGCCGACGCCCUCAACAAAGAGCUGCUGAUGACCAAGCAGAAGCUGGUUGACUCCGAGGAUGAGAAGCGGCGACUAGAGGAGGAAUCAGCACAGCUGAAGGAGAUGUGCAGACGGGAAUUGGACAAGUCGGAGUCGGAGAUCAAGAAGAACGGCUCCAUCAUCGGUGAAUACAAGCAGAUCUGCUCCCAGCUUAGCGAGCGUCUGGAAAAGCAGCAGGCGGCCAAUAAGGGGGAGCUGGAGAAGAUCCGGCAAAAGGUGGAGGGCUGUGAGAAGUGCAGCGUGCUCUUCAGCAAGGAGGGCCGUCUGAAGGAGCGGAGUGCCACCAAGGAAGGCAGCGAGGACGACACGGACGAGGAGAAGGAGGCCCUGAAAAACCAGCUACGCGAAAUGGAGCUGGAACUGGCCCAGACCAAGCUGCAGCUGGUGGAAGCCGAGUGCAGGAUCCAGGACCUGGAGCACCACCUGGGUCUGGCGCUGAACGAGGUCCAAGCCGCAAAGAAAACCUGGUUCAACAGGACGUUAAGCUCCAUCAAGACUGUGACGGGCACCCAGGGAAGAGAGACAACCUAGCUAGAGGGAGGGGCCAGGCCGAGCGAGGCUGCCACUGCAGUGCCCCCUCUCCUACCCCCCCCCCCCCCCCUCCACGCUCACUCCCGGGACCAGAGUGGAUACUCAACGGGGUUUUUAAAAAGGACAAUAUUCUUAGGGUACAACAACUCCAGACGACAAGAUGUACUUAAAAUUAAAAAGGCUUUAACUUUAGCGGAGUCAAUAUACUACUGAUUAUUUAAAACAGUGUUUCUCAGCCUGGUCCUGGACCUCCAGAAAGUCCAGGUUUUUGCUCCCUGCUAGACAGUCCCCCGUUUUGCUCCCUCCCAGCUUCCAACCUACCGUGAGCUGGGAUGGACCAAACCUGGACUACUGGGGCUCCCCAAGGGCCGGGUUGAAAAACGCUGAUUUAAAAGGUAAGGAUGUGGCUGUGGAGUAGCCAGGACUGCUCUUACCACUGAGGAGGGCACUCCACCUGCUCUUACCACUGAGGAGGGCACUCCACCUGCUCUUACCACUGAGGAGGGCACUCCACCUGCUCUCCUGCUUCAGGCUACUUGCACAAAACUCCUGUUGAAAUCUAGGUACAAGUGCUAACAGCCUCCUUUUUGAACUUGUGAGCUUUUUCUGAUUCUGUUUAACAAUGCUGUUUUUUGUUUUCUAUUUACAUAAGUACAUACGUUCUGAUGUAUAGAUAUGUGUGCGUGAGUCUGCGUGUCUGUGUGUAUGAACUGAAUGGGGCUCCUUUGACAUUUUUACCAUGUGGAAAUGGAGGUCGGUGCCAUUCAGGCUGUAGAAACCGCGAGGAAGGCCUGGCGUCGAUCGUGCCGAAUCGCUGCACUCACUGACAGUCACUAUAAUCAUUGAACACGCCACUCUGAUCAUUACUUGAUGCUGGUCCACCACUUGGGGGCUUCUUUUCACUGUAAAAGGCCGUCAGCGUGCCGCAGCGAGGCGGGUACUAGCCAAGGGGGCGUCGGCGAGUCAGUGGACCUCUACCCAUGAUAGCCAGCAUCCCCGCUAGAUUCUGAGCCCCGCGUUUGACCAUGUGCUCCUAGGAUGGGUGGCAGGGCGGGAUUAGAGAUGGUCUCGGCCCAGGUGACUUCUGGCAUCUGCUACUAAGAAGCAGAAUUUAAGGGCUGGUGUGUCUAGACAGCCUUUGAUAAGGAUUUGGGGAUGUAAGGCCGUGUGUUUGUGCGCGUGCAGAGGGUCUCUUUCAGGUGUGCUGUAGCAGAAGAGCAGCAGCUCUUUGCACCUUAAACAUAUUUAUAAUAGGUUACUGCUGGUUCACGUUGCCGUUGUGAUUAGUGGAGAGCUUGUACUGCGGAAGCUGACUUUGAGAGGCAUUGGUUUGUAUAUAAGAAGCGUAUGAGUUUGUUUAUUUUGUAUUCCUGUUUUCCUCGGUAACUAUACUAAUGUUGCCUAACGUAAUCCGUUAUGUCGAUGCUCAAAGCUUUUUGUCUGAAAUGUCAAACCGCUGUUACAUUCAUUACAUGCCAAAAUGUACCUUCAUCCAGCAUUAUGGAAGUGUGGAUGUUGUAAUAGUAAUAGAUUGCAUUGUGUAUAAUUCAUGCAUUUAAAUAUAAACUAAGGAAGUGAUAAAUACAGAUUAA